CAGCUAAGCUUCAGUUUUGGGCUUGAUUAGACCUUCAGAGGCGACCAUGGCGCAUCUCAACAUACUGCUGAUCACCUGCUCCAUCGGCCUGACAAUCGUGGCCGCUUGGAUGCCCGAUGUGAGACCCGAUUUGCAAACAAAACAAGAUAAGGUGUUGGCCCAUUUUAUUGGCAACUCGACGGACUAUUUUAAGAUUUUGGAUCACAACGAUGAAAGUGUUCUCGUCGGUGCCAAGGACGUCAUCUACAAUGUGAGCCUACAUGGACUGCGGGAGAUCGGCCGGCUGGAGUGGCACAGCACGGAUGCCGACCGGGAGCUGUGCGCUCUGAAGGGAAAGCCGGAGCGCGACUGCCACAACUACCUGCGUGUCUUUGCCCGUCGCCCCAAUGGCGAGGUUCUGCUCUGCGGCACCAAUUCGUACAAGCCGCGAUGCCGUCAUUACACGCCGGUGGAGAUGUCGUCCGAGGAGGCGGCACCCGCUGGCCACGCCUACGCCUUGCGUUAUGAGGUGAGCCGGGAUGUCGAGGCCCAGGGUCUGUGCCCCUACAGUCCCGCCCACAACAGCACCUAUGCCUUUGCCGACGGCCAGUUGUACAGCGCAACAGUGGCCGACUUUUCCGGAGGGGACCCUCUCAUUUAUCGCGAGAAUCUCCGGACGGAGCAGUAUGAUCUCAAGCAACUCAACCAACCCGACUUUGUCGGGGCUAUCGAGAAGAAUGGCUUUGUCCUGUUCUUCUUCCGUGAGCUGUCCAUGGAGUUUAUGAACUUCGGCAAGGCGGUCUACUCCCGGGUGGCCAGGGUGUGCAAGAACGACAAGGGCGGUCCCUACAACCACGGCAAGAGCUGGACGACUUUCCUUAAAGCUCGCCUCAACUGCUCCGUACCUGGAGACUUUCCCUUCUACUUUGAUGAGAUCCAGGCCAUUAGUCCAGUUGUAGAAAGCGGGUCCAAGUCGUUGGUGUACGCCGUUUUCACCACCUCUGUGAACGCUAUUCCCGGAUCGGCAGUGUGUGCCUUCGAUGUUGAUGAUAUACUGGCUGCCUUCGAAGGGGACUUCAAGUCCCAGAAGGAUUCGCAAUCGCAUUGGUUGCCGGUGGAGCGGGAGCAAGUGCCAAAACCGAGGCCAGGACAGUGCGUGGAAGACUCUCGUACCGUGAGCAGCAUUGCUGUGAACUUCAUCAAGACGCAUCCACUCAUGGAGAAUGCUGUGCCGGCAGUGCACGGUCGUCCCCUGCUGACCAAGGUGAACCUACACCAUCGGCUAACAGCUAUUGCCGUGGAUCCCCAGAUCAGAUCCCUGAACGGAGCAUAUUACGAUGUCAUCUACAGCGGCACCGAUGACGGCAAGGUGACCAAGUUUAUAAACAUGUUGACCACCCACCCGAAUUCGACCGUGGAUCGACUCAAAACUGUGGUCAUAUCGGAGAUGCAAGUGCUUCCUCUGGGCACUCCCGUUCGCGACUUGGUAAUCUCCUCCAAGAAGAACUCGCUGGUGGUUGUAAGUGACGGCAGCUUGGUCAACGUUCCCCUGCACCACUGCACCCUCAUUGUGGACUGCUUGGGCUGCCUGAGCCUCCAGGAUCCCAUAUGUGCCUGGGACUUGCAGACUCACGAAUGCAAGAAUCUGGCGACCAGCCAGCACAAAUUCGGCACCAAGACGUACCUGCAGAGCUUAAACACCACCAAGAAAGCGGCGGCUUCCCUAUGCCCACACAUUCCAAGCGCAGAGACAGUGAGUUUCGUGACAAUGGCUCCCCCACCGACCGAGGAGCAGAAGCUUUUGUACUCCAACGUGGCAGCCGCGGCAGGUAAUCAGCCAAGCUUGGAACAGUUGCCAUCUGGAGGUGAUGACUUUGGGCUCAACAAAAUAACUCUCACCUCUAUGGAUCCCGAUGAUAUUAUGCCCAAUCUUAAUGAUCCGCAAAAAUCAACAGCUAGCGUCGAUGAAAUCAGACAUGCAUCCGGUAGCAGCUACUUGCUCAUCACAUUCAGCAUUUUUGGGAUCUUCAUGUUGGGCAGCUGUGUGGGCGUCAUUUGUGUUAAGGCAAAUUCCCAUAUGAGGGACUCCCAAAUGGAUGAAAGUCAUCGCAACCACUUCGGCAAGCCAAUACAAUUUAAGCAUCAAAAUACUGGCAAAGAUAUAAAUCUUUUAAUGGGUUCCAAUCCAUAUGCGACCACUCAGAAAACUCCAAACCUUGAUCUUGAAAAGGAUCGGAGUCACGAGUGCAAGAACUCAACGGAACAUUUGGAAAAGGAGCUGCCGUGCAAGACGUCAACGCUGAUGAAAGUGAAGCGCACGUACAUCUAGUGCUGGCGCAAUGGCGGCAAAAAUGCAAAAUUAGUCGAAUUUCUAUAAUCUAAAACAUAUUUUCGUUGUUUAUGUUGCUGUUAGUUGUAGUAACCCCCCACCCAUCCCGCGAAGAAAACAUUCAACAGUUGCGCACGCGUUUGAAACGCGCUUGAAGAGCACAGCCGUUGUAAUAUUUUUUUUAAAACGUAGAAUGUAUCGUAAAAUUUAAUUUGGUGUAUAAUUUGAAUAAGUUUAGUAAACUUUGGUAAAAUUUAGUUAAAUUUACUGACAAAACAUUGGCUGCCACAGUCGGAGCGAGUUAAAGCAUUCCACAGAUUCCCGAUCGUGACCUAGAAUAGAGUCGAAAAUCGGAGUGCAGCUCAUGGUUAGGCAGCCAAAAAGUGUCGCCCCCGUAUGUGUAUUCUGAACGUAUAAUCUGUAAGUGGAAAUAUUAGAGGUGUACAAAUUUUGACACGCAUAUCAUUUAAACUGAUACGAAUCCGAAAAGCUUGGUCGCACGAUACCCGGACCCACAGCUCGAAUUAUUUCUCGAAAUUCAAUCGAAUAUUCUGCAAGUAUUUUGUUAGACUGAAUUAAUAUUUUCUAUAUAUGAGUUUGAUUGUGGAGAACUAACAGAAUGCGAACGACAUGGACUCGAAAGCUCUAUGCCUUGUGGCUAACAAAAGCGUAAAAUUGUAUCUAACAUAAGCUCAAUAAGGAAUUGAAUAUAGAAAUGUAAUUAAUAGUACGAAUUAGAUUAAGCAGCGAACAAAACUUCUAUGAGGCUGUUUAUAUGAACUGACGCGACAGCCCCCCAACAUCGUCUUGAUAAAAACACGCACAACAACACCACACAACACAGAAAUAAAACACGAGAAACAACAGCAAGCCUUAUGAAUAGUAUAAAACAGUUUUAGGCCUUAAAUGUAAACUUAUAUGCUUGACAUGCAAAAUAAUGAGCUUGGCACAGAAAGUAAAUCAGCAUUUUAUAAUUUUUAUGUUUACUCUUAAGCUGUUGUCCGUCCCACUGAAGAACUUGCUUAAUACAAUGUACAAUGGCAAUUUUAUUUUUAAACAUGCGAAAUGCAUUUUUCAUCGUAAUUAAUAUAUUUUUGUAUGCAUGUCUAAGACUAAUGUCUAAACAUAGAUUUAAGUAAGUCUUUAUAACCGAAAGGCUUCUAAAAGCUGCAGAUUAAAUAUUUAAAAAUUUUACAAAACAAACAAAAAAAAAAGAUAAAAAAUAAUAUAAUGAUAAAAAUUCUCAUAUUGUGAUAGAUUUUAUUGAAAUUUUAAAAUGAAGAAAAUGAUAUGCCUUUUGGUUGAAAGACAAUGAUAUACAUGACAUGAAAGUCUUACUGCAUGCAUAAUAUUUGGUAGGAGAGGGUCUUCCUUUGAGUGGAAGAUUAGAAAAAAAAAGAAAACCCAAUAUGGAAUAUUUUUUAUAAUUGUGUAUGUCUGAUACUGUCUAUAUUGUUGUAUACAUCCAAUAAGCAAUUUAAAAAUCUAAUAAAGUCGUCAUUUUUUCAUAAA